AUGCCUAAAUAUUUUACUUUUUUAACUUUUCUUUUCUUAUUGAUACGUUAUGUCCAUUGUGAUUUUAUAAUAGUCGAUUCUAAUAAAGAUGUCUAUAAUUUUGAUAAAAAUACAGUUUUGAACUUGUCUGAAAAUGUUUUUAAUAUAUUUUUAGACACAAAAACAAACAAUUCUGAUAUAAAAGUAGUUUACGCAGAAAUUUAUAAUAAAUAUAAGUUAGCAAUAGAAGAAUCAUGCUCUUACGUUAAGGAAUUAAUUAAAGGAAGAAAUCUAAAAUAUUUAGAUGAGAAAGAAACAAAAGAAUAUAUAAAAUCAAAAGAUACAUACUCUUUUUCUAUUUUUGUAUAUACAAUUAGUGGUGAACCAGAAGUUAUACAAGAAGUUUAUAAAAAACAUCCAAAACAUAUAUCAUAUAUAAUAACUUGCAAAGAAAAUGAAAUUUUUGACAACAUUGAAGACGUAAAAGAAUAUAAGAAUGUUUUCCAUACCAAUCCUAAUAUCUUAUCUCAAUUAAUUGCGAUUUUUUUGAUAUUUUUCUUCAUUAUUAUUGGUUUUUACAUUUUAAUGAAUAUAAGCACACCAAAAACGUUCGAAGAAAAGCAAUUAAUAAUAAAUAAAGAACAGUAA